AGGAAGUUGAGUCCCUGGCGGAGAGGACGGGCAGGUGCGUCCGCGCUGCCGAGCACGAAGUCCCUGGAGGGGCACACCUCGACGACACGCUCACAGACGGGAGUUCAGACACACAUUUCCUGGCUUGCGUGCGAAGCAGGAUCGCAGGGCAAUAAUCCCUCCAUCUUCCCCGGGAGGUUGCGUGUCUGCAAGAUACACGGCGCCCACUCGAUGCCACCGGGCCGCCACUGUCUGGGCCUGGGAUCUUGACCCACUUGCCUUCUGUACUUCAGGGUUUAGAGGCAGCAGCAGCAGCAGCAGCCGUCUUGGAUAACUUUCGAUGGAUUCAGGAGACCUGGAGACCUCGUGUGGAGGCACCUGAACAUAAUUUUCAUUCAGUCCUGCCCGAUGUCCCGACGAGGAAACCGAGGCUUAGCGGGAUCCCUAAUCCAAGGCCACGACGAGUGAGCCUGCUGGGAUUCAAGCCAGGAUCCUGUCCCCGGGGAUCAUUUGUCACAGCCUUACCCUCUUCCGGGAGGAGCCACGCUUACCCUCGUGGACCAACAAUCGAAUUAACAUGCUGAUACACACAUGGGGUGAGUGACGCCCUCAAAUGCUUGCAAACACACACACACACAUACACACACAACUCAACUCGGAAUUUCAGAAGCUGCUUCUGCUGUGUGUCCUGUUGCUUGGAAGGCACAGCCCCAGCAGCACCCAUACAAAAUGAGGUCUCCGAUUUAAGGUGCGAGGUAUGUGUGUAAACAGACUCUUGCUGGUCUGAGCUGGUUCCUUCGCUCGGCUGUGUUGAUGAAGGUACCAAGCCCCUGCCACUUACAUGGGACAUAGGGAGUGAAUCAGACCCGAAGGUCUGGGGGGGAAAGGAUCCAUGCUGCCCUAAAGGAAAUAAACUAAUGUGACAGCAAGUGCCAUGGAAGGUAGGGGUGGGAGGGGACUUUAUUGAGGAUGACACCCGAGGGCCUCUCUGAAGAAGCAGCCUUUUGACAUUAUCCCUGAAUGAAUUCUAGAAGCAGCCACACAGCAUGUCCAGGUAGAGAAGGGAGGAGACCCGAGCUUAAGAAGGCUGGAGGGUAGGGGCAGCAGGGGCCAGACUUCUGUAGGACAAGGUCAGGCUGACCCAUCCCAGUGCCAGGAUGCAGGACUUUCAGUGCUAAAAAUAGGACAGUCACAGGCAAACCAGAACGGUUGGCAACUGUAGGUAGGAGUUUGAGCUAUUUCUUCCUUUCCUUUCCUUUUCCCUUCCUUUCUUCCUUCUUCUCCCUCCUCCCCGUUUUUGUUUUAUUUCGUAAAGAGAUGGGUCUCGCUCUGUUGCUCAGGCUGGAGGGCAGUGGCACGAUCAUAGCUCACUGCAGCCUCGAUUUCCUGAGCUCAAGGGAUUCUUCCACCUCGGCCUCCCAAGUAGCUGGGACUAUAGGUGCAUGCCACCAUGCCCAGCUGAUUUUGUUGUUGUUAAGAGACAGGGUCUCCCUAUGUUGCCCAGGCUGGUAUCAAACUCCUGGGCUCAAGGGAUCCUCCUGCCUUGGCCUCCCAAAGUGUUAGGAUUUUAGGUAUGAGCCACCGCACCCUGCCCUUUCCUCCUUUUUUAACAGCUUUACUGAGAUAUAAUUCACAUACCAUACAACUCGUUGACCUAAGGUGCAUAAGUCAAUGGCUUUCAGUAUUUUUGGAGUUGUGUGUCCAUUACCACAAUCCAUUUUAGAACACUUCCACGAUCCCUAGGUGUUUGGGUUUUGUCUUGAGAAGGGAAGAGUUUUGAGCAGGAGAAGGCGGGGAACCCUCCAGAUCCUGGGGAGAUGGAAGCCAGGACCGCCUCCAGCUUCUCAGCCUGACCCCUUGGGGGAACGGAGAGCUGAUAGGGCCAGCCACCCCACCACUAACCCCCAAUAGAUAUGAAGUACUAAUCCCCAAUACCCCACAAUAGGAUCUUAUUUGAAAUGGGGUUAUUAUAGAUAUUAUCAGUGAGCGUGAGGUCACACUGGAGUAGAGUAGGCCUCUAAUGCAAUCUCACUCGUGUCCUUGUAAGAUAGUUAUAUGUCUGCCUGAUUCUGUGUAGGUGGUUGGUGGGGGGUGGGGAAAUGGGUAUAUGAAGACUGGGACACAGAGGGAGAAUGCCAUGUGACCACAGAGGCAGGGAGUGAAGAGCUGCAGUGACAAGCCAAGGACACCAAGGACGGCAGGCCACUGCCAACAGCCAGGGAGGGGCAAGGAGGGCUCCUGAGACCUGCUUUUCAGAGGGAGCACAGCUCUGCCAACACCUUCAUUUCAGGCUCUGGCCUCUGGAAUGUUGGCUCAAUAAAUUUCUGUUAAAAAGAAAAUUUAAAAGGCUGAGCAUGGUGGCUCAUGCCUGUAACCCCAGCACUUUGGGAGGCCCAGGCGGGAGGAUCACAUGAACCCAGGAGUUUGAGACUAGCCUGGGCAAUAUAGUGAGACCUCAUCUCUAUAUAAAAAUAUAUAAUAAAAGUCAACUUAUGUUGCUUUAAGCCAUCUGGUCUAUGACACUUUGUUCUGGCAGGCCUAGGAAAGGGAUACACAUGCUGAGGAGGGGGACACUUCGUUGGGAUAGAGGGAGAGAGUGUGAACUUGGCCCUUUGUGGAACAGGGGAGCCUCGGGCAGAGGUGGUGAUAGCGCAGCCCAUUCAUUCUGAGAUGAAACUUCCACUGGUUUCUGUAAAGGCGUCUUGGGGAGCGCAGGGAAGGGGAUGGGGACCUCCCAGUGGCAUCCCCUGCUUGGGCACUGAGGGAAAGCCACAGCGGCUCGAGGGAGAAGGCAGGGACGUCCUCUCCCCACCUGCCUCUGUCCCCAGGGAGUCUCGCCUCCUGUUCCCACCUGGGGCUAGGGUGAUAGAGGAGAGGAGAUAGCUCAACCUGGCAUUUGGGUGGUGUGGGAACAGGAGACCCCAGACUUUCUUGUUUUGGGGUCUGGGGCAGGCAACCAGGCUCCAGGAACAGUGAGUUGAAGGAAGGGUGGCUGGGAGACCCCUUAACUUGCUGCCAAGGAGACAGAGCUGGAGCUAGGGUGGCCGGUGGUGUCUGAGGCAGGUGCAGAGAGGGAGGGAGGGAAGGGGCCUUUGACUCCAACCUCCUCUUUCUGUACCGACUGCAGGUGGCAGCUGCCCUUCCAGGAGCCAGUGGGGGAACCUGGGUGGCUGGGUGGGGACACCUGCAAGUCCUCACCUAAGCCAGCUACCACCCUACACUGUUGGCCUCCCUUCUCCAACUGUGGGGACGCUGCUCAGGCCUUUUGUGACAUCACACCCGAGAGUCCCUGGGGUCCGGUCAUUGCUGCUGGGCCCAGCAAGGUCCAAGCUCAGGUCGCCCUGCCCCCUACCCCCCAUGCCAGAUCCAGCAUCGUUGUGGGCAAACAAUUAUCUGGAUGAUCUUUAUGGGGCUUAAGCUUGGGUGGGAGCAGAUGGGGCAUGAGCUGGGGAUUUGGGGAUGGGGAGAAUCCACACCCCCACGUCCUGGACGUUUAAAAGGCCCUCUCUGGCACUGGGCCGGGGCAGAGGCCAGCAGAAAAGUGACUGGAAUCCAGGGACAUGAUGGAUCAGGAGGAGAAGACGGAGGAAGGCUCAGGCCCCUGUGCCGAGGUGAGAGGGCCCUGCCCCCACCCCACCCCCAGCUCAAGGUCUCAGAGCCCAUGAUUGACAAGACUAAUUAGUUUGUAGGGCACCUAAUUAGCGAGUGAGUCUCCUAGGACCCCCUGACCCAGUUGUGGCUGUAGAAAGGGGCUGGUGGGCUUGGAGGUCUGAGUGCCAGGCCCCAGAGCAGAGGGCAGGGCUCUCCAUGUGGACCCCUAUUGACAGGAGAUGCUGGGACCUAGGGGUAGCUCCUGGGCCAAGGAGAGCAGUUUCCCUGAUUCGUGUUCCAGCUCCCAGGCCACACUCAUCAGGCCCCAAUCUAGGACGGCGGGACACUGGCAUCGGAGCCUGUCCCUUGAGGCGGUACCACGUGAAGUGGCACUGCUGGCCAGGCCCCUGGGGCAGGGGCCAGGAUUGGGAAGGAGACUCAUGUCUCAUUCAGAACAGCUCUGCAGAGGAUCGGCGGGGACUAUGGCGGGCUCCCCAGACCAGGAGGGCUUCUUCAAUCUGCUGAGCCACGUGCAGGGUGACCGGAUGGAGGGGCAGCGCUGUUCACUGCAGGGCGGGCCGGACCAGACCACCAAGAGCCAGAGCGACCCCACCCCCGAGAUGGACAGCCUCAUGGACAUGCUGGCCAGUACCCAGGGCCGCCGCAUGGAUGACCAACGUGUGACAGUCAGCAGCCUGCCCGGCUUCCAGCCCGUGGGGUCCAAGGACGGAGCACAGAAACGAGCUGGGACCCUCAGUCCCCAACCCCUGCUCACCCCUCAGGACCCGACCGCUCUCGGCUUCCGUCGGAACAGCAGCCCCCAGCCCCCGACACAAGCCCCCUGAGGGCCUGAGGCAUCCUGGGUCUCACUCGGCCCCAAAAGCUGAUAAAUGAAUAAAACACUUCCAUAAGUAACAAAGAA